UGACAAACGUCAAAUUUUGCUGAUGAAACGUGCGGCAAAUAACCUAGUAUAGAUUGUAUUCAAUCGAAAAGAUUGUUUUUAUUUAUUAAAUUAUAACUUAAACGUUAUUAAAACAUAAUCACAAUGACUGAGGCGGAGGUGAAAAUGUUAGAAGAAAAAACUGCGCGCAUGGAGAAGGAAGCUAGCGCGAUUGAAGAAGAAUUAAAUAAGCUAGCGGCCGGGGAUGUCGCCUAUACAGGAGACCAGCAGCUGGACAAACUGCUAACUGAGAACGAGAAACUGAAACAUCGAUUGGCAAUACUAGAAAAUGCCAUUAAGGUGGAACAAUCCGGAGCGGCGGGAAAACCUGCGAAGAAAGAGCCUAAGAAACGACCAACCUUAAUUACUGAUAUCAACUCAGUAGAAGGCACCAUCUGUAUUAUUGAUGAGCUUAAAAACGUGUUCGAAGCCGCUAUUACGUCAGCAUAUCCUGACCUAGAAGACCCACCCAUUGCUCUUACACUCUCUGGCAACAAUCCUAAAUUUGGUGAUUAUCAGUGUAAUUCUGCCAUGGCAAUAUCACAAUUACUCAAAGCCAAGAAUGUGAAAACAAAUCCAAGAGAAGUUGCCAACAAUAUUUUGAAUAAGACUCCAACAUCACCACUUAUUGAACGAAUGGAAGUUGCUGGAGCAGGAUUUUUAAAUAUAUACAUCAAUAAAGCAUUUGCUGAACAUGUACUCACCUGUAUACUCAGAUUUGGAGUAAAACCGCCUCCAGUAAAAAGGGAUCGAGUUAUUGUUGAUUUUUCAUCCCCUAACAUUGCCAAGGAAAUGCAUGUAGGGCAUUUGCGAUCAACAAUUAUUGGUGAAAGCAUUUGUCGUGUUUUGGAGUUCUUGAACCAUGAUGUUCUUCGUUUGAACCAUCUGGGAGACUGGGGUACUCAAUUUGGAAUGCUAAUUGCUCAUUUACAGGAUAAAUUUCCUAACUUCAAGACUGAAUCUCCUCCAAUUUCUGAUUUGCAAGCAUUUUACAAGGAGUCGAAGAAGAGAUUUGAUGAGGAUGAAGAGUUUAAGAAACGAGCUUAUGCUUGUGUUGUGAAGCUACAGUCAGGUCAGCCAGAUUACAUUGCAGCCUGGAACCUUAUCUGUGAUGUUUCUCGAAAAGAGUUCCAGAAAGUGUAUGACCGUCUUGAGAUUAAAAUCAUACCUCGAGGAGAAUCCUUCUAUCAGAGCAGGAUGGACAGUAUUGUUAAGGAACUGAAGCAAAAGGGAUUGUUAGAAGAAGAUGAAGGAAGGUGGAUUAUGUGGGGUGAUGAAAAACACGAAGGCAUCCCUCUAACAGUUAUCAAAUCAGAUGGAGGAUACACAUAUGAUACCUCUGACAUGGCUACCAUUAAACAAAGGGUUGAAGAAGAAAAAGGGGACAGAUUUAUUUAUGUCACUGAUGCUGGACAGUAUACUCAUUUUGCCACUAUUGAUGCCUGUGCCAGGCGAGCUGGUAUUCUCAAAAAUGACCAAAAGUUAGAACAUGUAGGUUUUGGUGUUGUUUUAGGAGAAGAUAAAAAGAAAUUCAAAACCAGGUCUGGAGAUACCGUCAAACUUAUUGAUUUACUUGAUGAAGGAUUGAAGAGGGCUCUUGACAAGCUUAAAGAAAAGGGUCGAGACCAAGUUCUGACUCCUGAAGAAUUGAAGAGAGCACAAGAAGCUGUUGCCUAUGGAUGCAUUAAGUAUGCAGAUCUGUCUCAUAAUAGGAUCAAUGACUAUGUGUUUUCAUUUGAUAAGAUGUUGGACGACAGAGGUAAUACUGCAGUCUAUUUGUUAUAUUCUUUAACCCGCAUCAGGUCAAUAGCCAGGAAUGCACAAGUCUCUCUUGAUGAGCUGUUAGCUCAUGCAGAGAAGAAUGGUUUCAAAAUGACCCAUGAAGCAGAAUGGAAGCUUGGAAAGGUUCUUCUUAGGUUCCCUGAGGUCAUCAUGAAGGUAGCUGGAGAUUUGUACCUGCACACUUUAUGUGAAUACUUGUUUGAAAUAUCAUCAGUAUUCACAGAAUUCUAUGACAAAUGUUACUGCAUUGAGAAGGACAAAGAGGGUAAAAUCAUCAAAAUAUUUUAUGAAAGGCUGAUGCUCUGUGAAAUCACUGCUAAAGUUAUGGAAAAGUGCUUCGACAUCCUUGGUAUAAAGACAGUAUCUAAAAUGUAAUGCUACUUACAGUAAUAAUUAUAUUUAGGUAUUUAUUCACUUAACAUUUUGUAAUGUAACUCAGUGUGUGCUCACUAAAACAGCAGAUAUAUCUGUAUAAUAAAAUAAAUAAAACAAUAAAAUUGA